UUCACAUUGGAGGUCGAGUGGCUUCCCCCGCACGAAGCGAGCCGUAUGGUAUCAUUCAUUGCCUUUGCAGCUUCCUGAUUUGGACUCGAGGCUCAGUGGCCUCGACCGUGAAAAUCCCGGCAAGGUCUCUAGCUGACGAAGCCAUGAGCACCUCGGACUUGUGUUACCCCUCCUCUGCUGAUAGCAGCGCACAGAUGGGCAAUCUACACACCAUGUCGCUAUCCAGGUGAGGUCACUGGUGAACAUUUUGAUGAGGCAGGAUUCAUUCCCUGUCAGUGAAUUUUGACUACCUACACCAUAACUCCUUCGCGGAACCAUGCUCGUUCAACUUUUGCUGAAUUUACCCUGUCAGUCGCUCAAUUGUGUUGUUGCAACAGGUGAAUGCUGUGAAGCAGUCGUCCAAAGAAGCUUUUUCCAUCGCGUCAAAGCGCCUUGGCGAUCAGGGGCCUUGUGUUAACAGCGCCGUCAAGUGUGUACCAAGUCAUCACCAACCAUGCCGUUCUCAGACAACUUGUACUCGGCGGUGGAUGAUGAAUCGGAUUUUGAACCAAUUGACGACAUUCUGAGUCAACAGGGCCAUGAACUGUCUCAAUCGGCACAUCGGCCCCCUCAAUUUGGCCAUGCACGGGCCAGCACCGACGACGACGACGAGGGGCUCGAUGCUGACGCCCUGUCUCCUGUCGAUGGUUACUUUGGGUCAUCAAAUGAUACCUCAUCCGACACGUCUGCUGUUGCGACAUCAUCCAAUGUGCCGCAUGUGCCGAAUGUCUGGGUUGAGGACCCGAGCCUCACCACCGCGGCGAGCAAGGCACGGGAGGCCGAGUUGGAGAGACGAGUGUCAGGGGUUGCGAGGGAGGACUACUCGGUUGGGGGGCUGACGAGUUCUGGGUACAACUCGUCUGCGUAUACUGGGUCCUCUCCAGCUCAUGGAUAUAGUGGUUCGUUUUCGAGGCCGGGUACGUACGCCCAAUCCUCGUCGCCAUCAUCAUCAUCUGCUGGACCAUCGGUUCUGUCCACGAGAUCAUAUACGCCAUACCCACACAGAGCUGCGUACCAGGGUGAGAGUUCGAGACUGGUACCGCAAGACGCCCCGCCGGCUUAUACACCUUCACCCACGUCGCCUCAGAGUUUGCAAGGUGGGCACGACGCUUCCAGGAAUUACAGUACUUUCUCGGCACCGACUGGUACAAUGGGACGCUUGGGGGAGACUCAGGGGCUCUUGGGCCAUGAGCCUGAAAGCAUGAGAGACUCUGGCAAUGGUGGUUCUGGUGAAGACAGCUCCCGAUGGAGGGAACGAAUUGAAAACAGGAUAUCGUCAUUUGACAGGAGUUAUUGCAAGUUUGCGUUUCUUGUGGUGGGAUUGGUCUUUCUGUCUACCGGGUUCCUCACCACUCUCAUCAAUAGCGUGAGAGACGAGCGACCACACCUCCACCCACCACCCAAGAUGACCUACCCCGAUCUCGACAAUAAACUCCCCUGGCAGGACGGCUCCUCCUGCGGGACGGACCGCAUCACGCGUGAUCCCGAGUCGUUUGACGUCUUGUUUUCGUCCGACAAGCCCCUGACCAUCAUCCAAAACAAUUCCCACAACAACGACCACCACUCUUACAAACCCAUCCAGAUCCACGGUUCGGUUAUUUUCCGACAGACUGACGCUGACCACCCUGACCCGAAGCUGGUGGUGGAAACAACAGUCAACAACGACCUCAUCGCUGCUGCCAUCACCUGGGAGGAGACCUCCCAAAAGCUGGUCGUCACCAUUCCUAAUGUUUUGCUUUCUGACGACACCAACGACCAAACCACACCCUGGCCAUGCAUCCACCUAACCGCCACGGUUUGGACCCCUCCCUCCUCGUCGCUGUUGACCCUCUCAGUCAAAACAACUGUUUUGUCUAUCCUUUUGGUUGAUAACCUGUCUUUGAGCAUCGCAGAGUCGACCAGCCUGUCCUCCACUGUUGGGUCUAUUGUUUCUGAUACUGCCGGCUCGGGGUCUCAGUCUCUAACCCUUUCCCCGUCAUUCAAGUUCAUCUCCCCCCUCAUAGAAACCACCACCACCUCAGCCCCGAUAUCCGGCUCCUGGCCGCUGUACAACUACCUCUCCUUUGAGUCCACAGCAGGUAACAUCAAAGUCACCAUCCUCCCCCAGCCAGACCUCGACCCCUCACAUCCCAAACCUGCCAUCCUCAAUGUGAAGUCCUCCUCCGGAACGGUGGAACUUACCGAGCCGAUCGACGCCGCGAAGGAGGCGUAUGAACUGGCACAGGUCCUGGCGGCAGAAGGGGCCGGUUACCUUCUUGCCGGUAAGGCAGAGGAAGUUAUCCCAGUGAGGGAUUACAGGGUUGAUGUCCACACCACGUCUGGGAAAAUCAAGGCUAAACUUGCCGUGACGGACGGGGCGAGGUUCAGGAGUACCUCUGGGGGGAUGGAUAUUGAUGUUUUGCUGGUGCUGGAUGGGGGGGUGUAUAACCUCGAGGGAAGAAAGGUUGAUUUGGAGACGUCGAGCACGAGUGGGAAUGUUGGGGUUAGGGUCGGGGAGGUGAUGUGGGUUGGGAGGGAUAAGGAAAACAAGUUGGAUGUGGUUCGGGGGAGGCACGGGAGCACCAGUGGGAAUGUGAGGGUUAAUUACCCGAAGAGUUGGGAGGGGGAGGUGAGUUUGGGGACUUUGAGUGGGAAGUUGAAGGUUGGGGGGGAGGGGGUGAGGGUUGUAAGAGGGGGCGAGGGGGGGUGGCCGGGGGUGAGGAAGAAUUUGGUUGCUAGGAAAGGGGAGGGGGAGGGGGGGAGUAAGGUUGAGGGGAGGAGUACGAGUGGUGAUGUCUGGGUUUGGAUUGGGGAUUUGUGA